AUGAAAAUCAUAAACAAUCCAACCCUUUCCUUUAUAUCCAUCUUUGCUCUUUCAGUACUUCUCGCAAGCACGUCCCAUGCAUCAACCCCCCCCUGCAACCGGUCGUGCCCAGGCGUCGGGACCGACCCGAUCCAAUACCCCUUCGGAUUCUCACCCGGCUGCGAAAUCCGCCUCAAGUGUACCCCACACACCGGAAUCUUCAUCGGCGAAUUCCCCAUCCAAACCAUAACCCCGGACAGCAUAAGAGUCACCCUCCAGAGCCGAUGCAACCGUCCCUUGCGCACCCUCCGCCAGCUCUACGGCCCCAGAUACGCCCCAACGUCCCGAAACGCCAUCCUCCUACAGAACUGUACGGACGGACAACCCUCGAGCAGCUGUGAGAUACCCAACAUUCUGGUCCAGGCCCGGUUCGACGCGCCGCCCAAUUGCAGCUCCAACAGCAGCCUCAGCUGCUACGCGGAGACCGGAAAGGAUGUCCGGUUUUUGGAUUUUGAGAAAGUCGAGCACAGGGAUUGCAAGUUCUUGUUGUCGUCGAUAUCGGCGUCGCCGCCGCAGCUGUUGAAUAGCUCUGCAGCGCCACAGCUGUUUUUGGAGGUUGAGGUGGUGGAGUUGGGGUGGUGGCUUGAAGGAACUUGCGGGUGUCAUAAGAACGCCAAUUGUACCACUGUUGUGUCGCCCAAUGGAACCCAAGGAUUUACGUGCAAGUGUAAUAAUGGCCUUCUUGGAGAUGGAUAUGUGGCUGGCUCCGGUUGCUGGAAAGGCUCACUGGUGUGCAACCCUGCAAAAUACUUGUCUGGGCAAUGCGGAGGAAAGACCAGGUUCAUCGUUUUGAUUGGAGCCGUUUUUGUUGGAGCUUCUUUGAUGAUCAGUCUGGCUCUAAUAUGCUGUUUUAUUCGGCGCCAAUCCAAACUGAAAGCAAGACUCUGCACAAAACGCCUUCUAUCUGAAGCUACAGGCAACUGCAACAUUCCCUUCUAUCCCUACAAAGAAAUUGAGAAAGCCACAAAUGGCUUCUCAGAGAAACAAAGGCUGGGGACGGGAGCCUACGGAACUGUUUAUGCAGGAAAACUCCAUGAUGAAUGGGUUGCCAUAAAAAGAAUUAAGCAUAGAGGUAAUGACAGCAUUGAGCAAGUCAUGAAUGAGAUCAGACUCAUUUCAUCUGUAAGGCACCAAAAUUUAGUCCGCUUGUUGGGUUGUUCCAUAGAACGUGGUGAACAGAUUCUUGUGUAUGAAUUCAUGGCCAAUGGAACAUUAUGUCAACAUCUACAAAGAGAGAGAGGUGCCGGACUUUCUUGGCCGAUACGCCUCACCAUCGCCACUCAAACCGCCGAAGCAAUUGCCCACCUGCACUUUGCUGUCAAACCUCCAAUAUAUCAUAGAGACAUCAAGUCAAGCAACAUUCUUUUAGAUUGCAACUUCAAAGCCAAACUUGCAGAUUUUGGUCUUUCAAGGCUUGGCAUGGCUGAAUCGUCCCACAUUUCAACAGCUCCACAGGGGACGCCAGGUUAUCUUGAUCCUCAGUACCAUCAGAACUUCCAUCUCUCCGAUAAAAGCGAUGUCUAUAGCUUUGGUGUAGUUCUUGUUGAGAUUAUAACAGGGUUGAAAGCAGUGGACUUUAAUCGUCCCCAGAAUGAAGUGAACUUGGCUGCUCUAGCCACUGACAGGAUUGGAAGAGGGUGUUUAAAUGAGAUCAUAGACCCUUUUCUCGAGCCCCAUAUGGAUGCUUGGACCCUUUUGUCGGUUCAUAAAGUAGGCGAAUUGGCAUUCAGAUGUCUAGCAUUUCACAGAGACAUGAGGCCUUCAAUGAUGGAAGUAACUGCUGAAUUAGAGCUAAUCAAGCUAAGCAGAUGGCCAUCUUCAUCAGAAGACAACACGUACACAGCUUCAUCAGAGGGAUCCUCUUGCUGUUCUUCGUCUAGUGUAAGCGAGAAACCUCUGAACAUUAGCAAGUCCCAAUCAGAGCGAAGUGUCAUUUUGCUGCAGAGUGGAGCUGCUGGCAGCUUAAAUUCAACAGAAAAGUUGAAGAAGGAUAAUUCACCAGUUUCUGUUCAUCAGGAUUCAUGGUUAAGUGAUCAGAGCUCACCUUCAUCAAACAGCUUGCUAAGUAAUGCAAUUCAGUGA